AUGUCUGACGGAGAAGUCAUUGACGCCAUCUUAAAAGGCUACAAAGUCCAUCACAAGCCAAGCAAUGUAGUCAACAUUACCUUUACAGCAGGAUUGCUGUCUGUGCAAGAACUGGAUAAUAAAAAACAGUUUCUCAGCAGCACCAUGUGGAUGAUCUUCUCCUGGUACGACCAUCGUGUUGUUUGGAAUGCUUCGUUGAGCUCAGAGAAAAGUAUUCUUGCGGACUCGAACAAAUUCUGGAAACCUGAAUUGAUUAUAGCAAAUGGUAUCAAGGGACAAGAGCUACUCCACAAUGGAGGUUCUCUGGUGGUUACCAGUCAUGGAAAUAUUCGAUGGCUCCUCACAGGAGCAAUGGAAACAAAGUGUCCCAUAAACAUUUACAAGUUUCCCUUCGAUACCCAGACUUGCGAAAUUGAAGUUGGUGGAUGGUUCGGUGACUUGAAUAAAAUAAGUAUCUCAAGGGAAACAGGCCUUAAUAUGAAACAGUUUAAAGAGAAUAGUGAGUUUGAGAUUUAUGUAGACGACAUUGCGGAUAUACACAGAAGUUAUAGUACUAACAUAUUCCGCGUAACCAUCCAUUUAAAGAGACGUCCCCUGUUCUACAUCUUUACCAUCCUGCUCCCCAUGCUCCUCCUCUACUUCCUCAACAGCUUUGUGUUCCUGCUGCCUUCACAGAGCGGAGAGAAGACCAGCGCUGCCGUGUCUGUCCUCCUCAGCUUCCAACUGUUUCUGUCCAUCAUCAGGGACUCCCUGCCAGAGAACUCCCUGACCGUCAGCCUCUUCAGUCUCUAUGUCUCUCUGGUCAACUUUACGAGUGUCGUCAUCGUCGUUGUCAACAUCCUCCUCUUCAAAAUGAAAGAGAGUCUACCGCCGAAGUGGGUCUUAGGAAUGUAUAAGAAAGACAUACGUAAAGUAGAUGUUGAGAUGGGCAAUGUGGAGGAUGAAGAGCAGGGACGACCAAAGUGGGAAGAUAUUGAACCUAAACUGAACAAGGCUUGUUUUCUAUUUUUCUUUGUGUUCAGUUGUGGUGCAACAUCUGCAAUGCUUGGGAUGCUGACGAUGCUGUAA